AUGCCAAAAGAACAAAAAUCGAGACAUUUAAAAAAGGAAGCGGUGGCCAUACCGUCACCUCCGGAUAAUGUAAUGCACAAAGACGAUCCACGUCAAUGUCAUUUCUGGGUAAAGCGUAAAAGGCAGGUUAAUGAACUUAAUGAACGAUUUAUACGAUACUGCCAUCUUCCCACAAAAAUUGGCAACAAUUACUGUGGAGAGCAUUUAGCAAGUGAUCCAAAUCCAACUACAAGAGAGCGUAUUCCAUGUCCAUAUGAUAAAUCUCAUUACCUAAUUAUUAAUACGGUGUACAAAGACGAACUCGAAAAACAUCUUGCACAAAAAUGCAAUUCACGUCCACGACCGAAUCCACCUUAUUUCUCUCUUGAUGUUAAUUGCACAUUAUCCUAUCCAUCUAAGUUUGCUGAGGAAGAAAAAAGUUUGGUAUUGGAUCACGAAGUUUUAAAGGAAAAAAAAGAAAUCAUAACAAAUAGUAAGCAUGUUAUUCAACAGGCAUCACUUUUAGGUCAUAUGGAAAGGCUGAAAUUAUUACAGCCAGAUGGAUGUUUCAUUGAAUUCGGUUGUGGUAAAGGUGAAUUAUCAUAUUUCACAAAAUUUGCUAUCAAAGAUAAAGACGAUGAGGUUCGCUUCCUUUUAAUUGAUAGGAAAAAUACAUGUGGUAAG